AUGCUUCGCUCCAUCCCCCGCACCUUUGCAGCCAUCAACAAGCCCUCGGCCUUUGCCGGUCUCCGCUACAAGCACACCCUCCCCGCUCUCCCAUACGCCUAUGAGGCUUUGGAGCCCUACAUCAGUGGAGAGAUCAUGAAGAUCCACCACGCCAAGCACCACCAGACCUAUAUCAACAACCUCAACGCCGCCGAGGAGAAGCUCGGAUCUGCCUUCCAGAGCAAGGAUGUCAACGAGGAGAUCUCCAUCCAGUCUGCCAUCAAGUUCAACGGUGGUGGUCACAUCAACCACACCCUCUUCUGGGAGAACUUGGCCCCCGGCCACAAGGAGGUCCCCAAGCCCUCGGGUGAGCUCCUUAAGGAGAUCGAGAAGUCCUGGGGCUCGUUUGACCAGUUCGUCUCCAAGUUCAACACCCAGACUGCCGCUGUUCAGGGUUCCGGAUGGGGUUGGUUGGGCUACAACAAGGAGUUCAAGCGUCUUGAGAUUGCCACCACCGCCAACCAGGAUCCCCUCAAGCCCACCACUGGAUUGAUCCCCCUUCUGGGAAUUGAUGUCUGGGAGCACGCCUACUAUCUCCAGUACAAGAACGUCCGCCCCGACUACCUCAACGCCAUCUGGCACGUCAUCAACUGGAAGACUGUCACCGACCGCUUCACCAAGGCCCACAAGUAA